AAAAUUCCGCGAAAUUUACUAUACGAACUAUUUUAAUUAAAAGCUGGAAAUGAAUAAAACAGCCUCGAAGGAAAAUUGAAGAAGAAAAGGACAGCAUCGAUAUUUGAAGUCAGAUUAAUCAAUCAUCAAACUCCUUCCUCUUAAAAAUUCCGACUUUGUUUGAUUCCUUGCUAAGGAACCGAUUACGCGCACGGAAAAUCGAUUUUAUUUCACUUCUGAUUGUCCGCCGGAUCCUUGCCUUUUCCGGUCGGAGGAUUCUUCAUCCUAGGGUUUUGCUUUUGUUCGUAAUUAUCUCUUCUCUAUUUCAUCCUUUAACCCCAGGAUCAACCAUCCUUCCGACCCAUGUUCAAGUUUUGGGGAUCUCAGGAGGAACAGGUCCGCCCUCCACCAGAUGUUUCCACACAAUCAUGGUAUCCACCAUCUGUUAGCUCCUCUCGCCCUGGAACUCCAGGUAGCACCUCCUCCAACCAUUCCAGUUCACAAAGGCUUUCUGAUAGGCCACAAUCUCCAUCACACGUUUCACCUGCUGAAGCUGCAGGCAUUAUUUCUGCAUUGAAAGACAAAAGUGUUGAUGAGUUACGAAAGCUUUUGUCAGACAAGGAUUCAUAUAAUCAAUUUUUCCUUUCACUUGACCAGGUCAAAAUUCAGAACAAUCUGAGAGAUGAGCUGCGUAAGGAGACUCUUCAGCUUGCUAGUGAGAACUUGGAAAAGGAACCACGCAUCAUGGAACUGAGAAAUCAGUGCAGCAUUAUUCGGACUACUGAACUGGCUGCGGCCAAGGAGAAGCUAAACGAACUUGACCAAAAGAAAGAGGAGAUUUUGAAGCUCUGUUCUCCUGCUUCACUUCUACGAAGACUUCAAGAGAGUAUGAAGGAGACCGAAGAAGAGUCAGACAACCUGCACAGGCAGCUUCUUGAUAGAGAGAUAGAUUUGAGUUCUUUUACUCAUAAAUACAAGAAGCUUCGUAUUAAUUACCACCAGCGAGCUCUCAUUCAACUUGCUGCUAAAACCACCUGAAACUUAAAAGAACUCUGACAGUGGCAGUCAAUGUAUAUUCUUACCGACGAAUUUUACUGCCUUUACUGCUUAGGUUGAAAUCAUUUGAACCCCAGAUGGGUUCUCUAUCAAGUGCGUGUCUUUCCUCUAGUGAACGUCUGUUCGUUUUACUGAUGAUAAUAAAUUGAUUCUUUUUCA